UCCGCCCGCCAUGCCUGCUAUCCCCGUAGCCAUGCUGAAGUGCGGGAUGACGGGCGGUCAGGUGAAAGUAUUUGGGAAAGCAAUACAAACUCUGUCACGAGUGAGCGAUGGACUGUGGCUGGACCCUUCUGAGAAAGGUCUUGCUCUGAGAGCUGUGAAUUCUUGUCAUUCCACAUAUGGCUAUGUCCUCUUCUCGUCUAUGUUUUUUCAACAUUAUCAAUGGUCACCCUCAGCCAUGAUGAGUGAUAAUGACGUACCACUGAACUUAAAUUGCAAACUGGCAAUAAAGUCGAUUCUGCCAAUCUUUAGAUGUCUGAAUUACCUUGAAAGAAGUAUAGAGAAGUGCACAAUAGUCACCAGAGUGGACAAAUGCAAAGUCGUCAUUCAGUUCUUCGGCAGGCAUGGUAUUAAAAGAACUCACAAUGUGUAUUUUCAAGACAGCCAGCCCUUGAAAAUUCUCUUUGAAAAGAGCUUGUGUGCGAAUAUCCUGAUGAUUAAACCAAGAGUGCUGUCUGAGGCCAUUGCUCUGCUAACAUCAAACCAAGAGGAAGUCACCUUCUCUGUUACUCCAGGAAACUUUUGCCUCAAGAGUUCGAGUGGGGAAUCGCUGGAUUUAACCAGCUCUGUGUACAGUGAGAUGUCAUUUGGACCGGAAGAGUUUGACUUCUUUCAGGUUGGAUUUGAUACCGAGAUAACAUUUUGCUUUAAAGAACUGAAGGGCAUCCUCACCUUCUCUGAAGUCACCCAAGUGCCCCUCUCCAUCUACUUUGACUUUCCUGGAAAACCGGUUGUCCUGAGUGUUGACGACAUGCUCUUGGAGGCGAGCUUUAUCUUGGCCACGUUAGUGGAUUAUCCAAGUAGGACAUCUUCACCACAGUCACUGCGCCUUUCCCAGGCGCGGAGGUCAGACCCCACACAGGCCCAUGCCCAGGAGGGUAAAAGCCAAGUCAGCCAGAACCCGGAGAGCAUCUCUCGAACAGCGCCCAAAAGGCUGUUUCCCAAGGGUCCUCCUGACAGCAGCUCUGCAGCAGAGACCAAGAGAGCCAGCACCAGCCAGGAUGGCAUCUGCGAAGUGCCUGAAAGUGUUGUCAGUGGCAUGGAGGAAGGGCCAAGCCCUUCCCACCUCAGAAAGUUUUGCUGUAUGUUCUUUGGAGCUGUAUCUUGUGAACGACAGGAGCAUGCCAGCUACCCCCUGGACAGCCUGGCCACAGCAAGUGACAGUGAAGAGGACGUGAGUGGGUGAGCGUCCACGCUACUGCGCAGGGAUAGCUGCCUGGCGCGUGGCUCCCGGAAGGCCAACUGGGACCAGAGCAGACUGUCCCAGGAUGCCCGGACAGCGCCUCUGCUCUUGCCCUGUCACUGUGCACUAAAAUCCACGUGCCACAUGGGGGACAGAGCUGGCAGCACAGGAACGGGUUGUCAGGGUUUGGGUGCCACUCUUUACCCUGCAGCCUUCACGUGUCCUGUGCUGGUCCCCAAGGCACACGUUCCUCAGCAUGGGGCGAGGUGGAGCUUCCGUGCCUGACUGCAGACAGCAGGAAUCCGGCUUAGGCGACCACCUGACAGGUUUUGUCUAUUUUUUUUUCAGAGUAGAGAAAAGGUUGUGAAUAAAAAACCACACAGUUACCGUUUCACUUUGUGGCCAUUUUAUAUAUUAUACAAUUGUAUCUCCCAGCCCUCCGCUGCUCUGGCUCCUGUAUGCUAUGCAGGGAGAUGCAGAAGGCAUGCCGUCAAGUCAGUGUGAGUCACUGGCACACACAGCAGCCCGUGCUCAG